AUGGGAAUAAAACAGAUCGUCAAAGUGAUGUUCUUGUUUUUAUGUGUGAUCAUGGCGUUGCUCUGUCAUCAUCAAUCCGAAGUUCAAGCGGCGCAGAAACCAAGUCCUGUUGCUUGCUGGUCGUCAAUAAACAAGGUUCAAGGUUGUGUGGAUGCUGUGAAAGCUGCCACUAAAGGAGAUUAUAAAGGUUUGAGCAAGGAUUGUUGCCUCGCCAUCUAUGGCCUCAUCGACGAUUGUUUUCCGAUUGUUUUCAGCGGAAAACCAGACAUUGCAGUACUCGUUAAGGAUGCAUGUGCUGUUAAUUAA